ACGUUGUCCUUUGUGUACACGUGAGUGACGUGUUUGUUUUCUUGUUGCGUUAGUGGGAAAAUUGACGAAUCGAACUGGUACGUUGCAAGCUGGGAAUUUGUUGACAAACAAAAGGAUACUUCGCGACAUUCCGAGAAAAGGUUUUUCCUUGUGUGGUUUUCAAGAAAGUUCAUCAAUCAAUAUGUUGCCGCAACAGUACUGUCUACGAUGGAGGUACCAUCACAGCAACUUGCAAACAAUGUUUUCACAACUCCUUGAUAGAGGUUGUUUCUGCGAUGUGACCUUAGCAUGUGAAGGGCAAAUUAUCCGCGCCCACCGAGUUGUUCUGUGCGCUUGUAGUACCUACUUUGACUCGAUGCUCACAAACUACUCUAUUGAAAAGGAUACCAUCAUUAUAAUGAAAGAUGCCAAAUUCUCAGACGUGAAAUACUUAAUUGAAUUCAUGUACAAAGGGGAGAUUAAUGUAGAACAUGAAAACUUGGCAUCUCUUUUGAAAACAGCAGAGGAGUUGAAAAUCAAGGGACUUGCGGAGGUGUCAUGGCGUGAGGAUGAUGGGGAACCGCCCAUUCCCGAAACUGAACAUAACAUUCCAGAGAGAAUUGAGCAGACUCCAACCAUAAAUGAGGAAAUUGUGAUGCCACGAAUGCCAGUAUUAACACCAAUACCCUCGCCAAACAAUGCGGACUCGCAUGCGGUUGGUGUCAAUCCAAAACGAAAACGAGGUAGACCACCUUUAGAUGAGGAAUACGAUGUUUACAGCACACCGCAGUUGCCACAAAUAGUUGAAAACGCAACAACGCCAUCUACCCAAGCAAAUGACAAUGUAAACGCGUUGGAUUCAACUCAAUCACCUUCUAUGGAUGAAUCGUCGCAAUGUGAACCAAGUGUCUCAAUACAUACGGACAGCAGGGACAAACCUGAGGAUUGGAUCAAAGACGAAUUAGAUGCCGACAUGGAUUCCCCGUCAGAUGAUAUCAAAGAAGAGGAAGACAGUCCGGACGAACAUGGUUCAACAUCGAAUUUCCUUUUAACCCCUCAAGAGCAAGAAGAAUGGAGAGACGUUGUAAAAAUGGAUACAUAUUUAGCAAAAGGACGAAGACCUCAAUUUUGGGAGGAACCAUUCACGAAACGAGUUAUGGAAGCAAUUAAAACAAAAGAAUUGGAAAUGAAGAAAGCUGCACAACUACUAGGAGUGUCAUACGGUACAUUGUACGGGCGAUAUCGUGAAACCUAUGGUUGCCUCAAACAUCCAUACAGAACAUUAUUACAAUAUCGAGGUGUUUUGUCAGAAAAGGGGAAAAUGCGAACAAAAGUAGAUUCAAACUUCCAACUAGGUUCCGAUUUGGACAGCCAAUGAUGGCAGAAUUGAUUAACUGAGCAUUCUUCGACUUCAAUAAGCAAAUCAUAACGUGAUAUCAUACACUAUUAUUAUUAAAACCAUGAUUAUAUUUAUAUAUUGUAUCUAGUGUGUAAGCAUUACUGUAGACCUUCAGAAAAUACAAAAAACGCAGUAUUUAUUGACAAUUUUAUGCGCAUGUAAAAUAGACAAUUGUAUGUACGUUGCUAUGUAAAAGAUCAUUUAUAAGAUACACGAGAAAGUAAAACGAGACCAAAAACGUUCUAAAAGA